AUGCCUGCAGGGACACUGCGGCCGUCGCGAUCGAUCUCGAUCGCGCGACGUCCCCUUACUACAAAUAUAUCGACCGUUGCUCGUCGGAGUCCAUGCAAUAGCUAUCUUAAAAUCGACGCCCUUCCUCACGUUUCCGCCCCCUCUCUUCUACUCCCGUACUCCCAAGUCCGCCACAGCUCCCACAGCCCGCCAGAUGCCACCCACAAUGGGCGCAAAAAGGUCACUCUCCAAACAAUCCGGAACCUAUAUCGGAAAGGAGAGCCGAUAACCAUGCUGACAGCCCACGACUUCCCAAGCGCGCAUGCAGCUGAAAUCGCCGGGAUCGAAAUCGUGUUGGUCGGGGAUAGCUUGGGGAUGGUGGCCAUGGGACUGGAGGACACGACAGAGAUGGUGCUUGACGAGAUGAUUUUGCACUGCCGGAGCGUAUCCCGGGGUGCUAAAAGUGCUUUCAUUGUUGGCGAUUUACCAAUGGGCUCGUUCGAGAUCAGCCCCGAACAAGCGGUCGGAUCGGCGCUGCGUCUUAUGAAGGAAGGUCGAGUACACGGGGUGAAAAUUGAAGGAGGAGAGGAGCUCGGUCCGACCAUCAAGCGGAUUACACAGGUUGGGAUUCCGGUGGUUGGCCACGGCAAAACCGUCAAGAGCGCAACGAAAAUUCUCCGUGACGCGCUGGUCAUGCAGGAAGCCGGUGUCUCCAUGUUUGUGCUUGAGGCCUUGCCGCCAGAAGUCGCCACCCUCAUCACCAAGAAGCUCAGUGUGCCAACGAUCGGUAUUGGCGCGGGUAACGGGUGCUCAGGGCAGGUUCUGGUGCAGAUUGACAUGACGGGGAAUUUCCAGCCUGGACGAUUCGUCCCAAAAUUCGCUAAGCAAUAUGCCGAUGUCUGGGGCGAAGCCACGCGUGGAAUUACUCAGUAUCGGGAAGAAGUGAAGAGCCGGGCCUUUCCAUCUCCAGAGUACACAUAUCCAGUGUCACAGGAAGAGCUGGCAAAGAUUGAGAAGGCCUUCAGCGAAUUUCAGGAAUAA